AUGGAUCAAGUAGGGUUUUUAUGGAUUUGUGCUACACUUUUCAUCUUAUCCUUAUCAAAAUUCUCCUCAAGAUUAAGAUGUAUCUUCAAUUACUGUUUCUACAUGGUGUUUUGCAAUAUUGCAGCUUUAUUCCCAUUAUUACUUUUCCCGUUUCGUAAAUUUGAUUCAAGAAAUGCCCUUAGUGCUGCUUUUUUGGGGAGAUUUGUAGCUCGGCUUAUGGGACUAACAUACCAAAUUGAAGGACUGGAGAAUGUGAAUCUUUCCCAAGGCGGAAUCAUCUUAAUCAAUCACCAGAAUGUCCUGGACUUACUGGGGCCAGCAUCGGUGGUGGUUAAAAAGCAACUGAUAUACUAUGCAAUUUUUGGUGUUGCAUCAUGGACAUGGGGCUCACUCUUUAUAGAUAGGUCUAAUCAAGAGCGUGCUAUUAUCAGCCUUCAGAAGCAAUCAGAAGCAAUUACGAAAAAGAAAAUAAAACUGAUUUUCUUUCCGGAAGGAACACGAAAUGAGGGUGAGCAUUUACUAAUGUUCAAGAAAGGCCCCUUCAAGCUUGCACUCCAAUGCAGAUGCUCAGUGCAGCCAAUUGUGGUAUCGCGAAAUAACUUCUUCCGCCAUAGAUCUGGUGGCGAGAGGAAGAUUUCCGGACGAGGUAUAAUUAGGAUAAUGCCGGAAAUCACUACCACUAACAUUGAGUCUGAUAGUUUGGUCACGUUCAUUGAGAGAGUUCAUGGAGAAAUGGAUGACGUAUAUCAAGAAUUGAACAAUAGAAAGAUAUCCCUAUGA